AUGGGAUUUUGGUUGAAUGAAGAUUUGAUCAACGGCAAUGAACACUAUCCGCGAAAUAACGCUUUUGAGGACUUUACCAAUGUUUACCAAUGGGCCGCAAGCGCCGGAAUAUUUUACGAGAGAAUGGUCGAGCGAAUUCACAAGGACAAAGACGCCUUUAGUACAGUUGGUGUCUUUCAGCUUAUGAAAGAGCCGCUGCAAAAUACAGAGAAUGGCGACACCAAUUGGUUGGUAGAGCAUUUUUAUCCUUCCGCAAUUGACCGCAUUCGCGCCAAAGAAAAUGCUUUAGACGUCCCAGGGAGUGUCGCUCUUCAUAUUACCGUGAUGGAUGACAAGUGGGAUCCCGGCGGAAAUCCGACUCGAUCUCUGAACGAAACCCAGAAAGACAACCUGCUAUUUGGUGAUCAUAAUUACGAGAUUUACCUGGUUUCCAAAACCUCUUCGAAGAGUGAUAUGAUCCAAGAUGCUUCCAGGGAUAAUCGAAAAUCGAAUGUGAGCCCCAAAAUUGUCGGCGAGUGGAGCUUGGCCUUCGACGAUAAAGGCGACAACUUUCUGCCUAUGACGGGAAAUCAUGCGAGUGCGUAUUACAGAUGGUUCGCAGCUCAGCAAAGAAAAUAUGAAGAACUUAAUAGGCGGGUCUUCUGGACAUGGAAACAGACGAGAAUCUUCCCAACGUUGAGUAAUGGAAUCAUCAAAGCUGUCGAAGCUGGAGACAUCAGCAAGGACUUGACUGCUCAGUACAACGAAAAUCCGUGUUAG